CCUUAACUUCAAAUUGUAGUUAAAUUUUAAAACAUAUUUUCUCUUAUUAACUCCGAAGUGUUUGACAAAAUUAUUCUCUGUUUGUCUUUAAUGUUCAACUUCACCGGAUGUGGAAUAGAAGAUUUACGUGGGACAAUCAGGAUUAAUAUAAAAGAUACACCCAGAGUUUCCUACUGUAAGGAUAGCCAAUUAUUUCUCUCUGAUGGGGGUAGUCAGAUAGCGAUAGGCCACACCCAUCUUCGGAUUUAAAAGAGUUGGGCGGAGGCGUCUUAGACUAUUGAGAUAGACAUAGUAUUUCCAAAGAAAACCUUGUAUUGGUGAAAGUACAACUGUUCUGGUAACGGCGAACUGAAUCGUCAUAUAGUGCUCUAAGUGUCCAGUACAUAUAGGCACUGUUUCACGCAAGAUUUAAGUAACACAAUAGGAUGUGGAAAACAAUAACUAUUCUGGUCAUAGCAGUAACAGCUUCAGUAGGUACAACAAGAAGUAAACAAAGGUCAAAGGGAGAAAUUGAAGAUGAAGAGCCCAAAAUGGUCUAUGUUCGGGAAGCUCGUGCUGUUCCUCGAUACGUAAGUGGUGGUCCAGCUGUUCCACGAUACGUCAGUGGUGUUAACGUCAACCGUGGGUCUAAGGCAUACAUUCCAGUUAACCGUCGCUUCGCUGGCUCUAAAGCAUACAGUCCAGUCAAAUCCUUUCCUGAUGAACUUCGUCCCCCUGUUAAAAGUCGAGAAAACUUUAACAAUCAUUUGCGUGAGCAUGGAGGUUACACCAAGGGUUACGUAGGGUCAGGGCCUAGAGUAGACCGUCAACCAUCAGGAAAUAAUAAAGGACAUGGUAUCAAGAGUGCCAGUGAUCAACAUGGUGGUUAUACCAAGGGUUACGUUGGGUCAGGGCCUAGAGUAGACCGUCAACCAUCAGGAAAUAGUAAAGAGCAUGACAUCAAGAGUGUCAGUAAUCAACAUGGUGGUUAUAUCAAGGGUUAUGUUGGGUCGGGACCUAGCGUGGACCGUCAACCAUCAGGAAAUAGUAAAGAGCAUGACAUCAAGAGUGUCAGUAAUCAACAUGGUGGUUAUAUCAAGGGUUAUGUUGGGUCGGGACCUAGCGUGGACCGUCAACCAUCAGGAAAUAGUAAAGAGCAUGACAUCAAGAGUGUCAGUGAUCAACAUGGUGGUUAUAUCAAGGGUUAUGUUGGGUCGGGACCUAGCGUGGACCGUCAACCAUCAGGAAAUAGUAAAGGACAUGACAUCAAGAGUGUCAGGGAUCAACAUGGUGGUUAUAUCAAGGGUUAUGUUGGGUCGGGACCUAGCGUGGACCGUCAACCAUCAGGAAAUACUAAAGGACAUGACAUCAAGAGUGCCAGUGACCAACAUGGUGGUUAUACCAAGGGUUAUGUUGGGUCGGGACCUACUGUGGACCGUCAACCAUCAGGAAAUAUUAAAGGACAUGACAUCAAGAGUGCCAGUGAUCAACAUGGUGGUUAUACCAAGGGUUACGUUGGGUCAGGGCCUAGAGUAGACCAUCAACCAUCAGGAAAUAGUAAAGGACAUGACAUCAAGAGUGCCAGUGAUCAACAUGGUGGUUAUACCAAGGGUUAUGUUGGGUCGGGACCUACUGUGGACCGUCAACCAUCAGGAAAUAUUAAAGGACAUGACAUCAAGAGUGCCAGUGACCAACAUGGUGGUUAUACCAAGGGUUAUGUUGGGUCGGGACCUACUGUGGACCGUCAACCAUCAGGAAAUAUUAAAGGACAUGACAUCAAGAGUGCCAGUGAUCAACAUGGUGGUUAUACCAAGGGUUAUGUUGGGUCGGGACCUAGCGUGGACCGUCAACCAUCAGGAAAUAGUAAAGUACAUGAUAUCAAGAGUGCCAGUGAUCAAACUGGUGGUUACACCAAGGGUUAUGUAGGGUCAGGGCCUAGCAUGGACCGUCAACCGUCAGUAAGUAGUAAAGGGUAUGACAUUAAGAGUUCCAAUGAUCAACAUGGUGGUUACAUCAAGGGUUAUGUUGAGUCAGGGCCUAGCGUGGACCGUCAACCAUCAGGAAAUAGUAAAGGGUAUGACAUCAAAAUUGCCCGUGAUCAACAUGGUGAUUAUACCAAGGGUUAUGCUGAGUCUGGACAUAAUACUGAAGAAUUACACGCCAAAAAUGUUAAAUUAAAAGGAGAUGAUGGUUUGGUUAAUGAUAAUCAACAUGAAGGUUACGUCAGUAUGGGACCCACUCUGGUCACACAAGAAUUAAGUGAUGUUUUUACAAAAGGUUAUAAAAACAACCAUCCCAUCAAAAGUUUUCCUGAUGAUCUUCGACCUCCAGAAAUCUCUAGCGGUCAGACAACACAAGAUUUAAAGGAUCAUCUACAUCAACAUGGAGGUUAUAUCAAGGGUUAUGUGGGUGAAGGACCUAGCGUAGAUAGGCAAGCAGCAAGUACAGAUGAUAGUAGUAACAAUGUUCAUCCAUUGCCAGGAGUUCCCGGUAAAGAUUAUCCGAUAUUUGGUAUAAUUCCAAAAACCAAAUUUGAAUGUCAAGAUAUGCCCUACCCAGGCUACUACGCAGACACAGAGACAGAGUGUCAGGUGUGGCAUUUCUGCCAGUUGGAUCGUCGUCAAGUUAGCUACCUUUGUCCAAAUGGCUCAAUUUUUAAUCAAAAGCUGAGAGUGUGUGACUGGUGGUAUAAUUUCAACUGUCAAGAUGCGCCUCUGUUUUAUGGUGUCAACGGAGACCUCUAUCGGUUACCUAUUGAAACACAUUCUGAUGAAAACUUCAGCCGUCUGAAAGAAGCUUCGAGACACUCCGUCUACACAACAGACUUUGAGUUUCCUGCUGAACAUCGAGAGGCUACUGACAAUAUAUUUGGGUACGAGUUCUGACCUGAUAACAGUUUACUCGGGUAUUAGAUACUCAUGUCCAUAAGAAGUCACAUCGAAGAUACGAGUGAGAAAAAAUCGCCGUUACAGAGUUGUUAAAACAUUAACUGAUGUUUUAGUUUAAACAAUAGUAUAUAGAUGUGUAGAUAUUUUGUGAAAUAAAGCUGUUGGGUUACAGUGACAAUUAAA